AUGGAGUCCUCCUGGCUCUUGAUUUUGAUCUCCUUGCUGCUGUGUAUCGUUUUUGCCUUAAUUUAUCUCCACUUGUCAAGGUCCCCUCAAAGAGCCAUGGAGCCCUCGGCCGGGAGGGAACUGGUUGCAACCAUGGAGAAGACAGCCGAACUGGAAUCCGGGCAAGAUACGCUAAAGGAGAAGGCUGUCCGUUUACGUUUUGCCCAAUUUCUGGAAGCGUUUCCCGCUCAGAGACAAAAAAUGGAACGGUCCAUCAAAUACCUUCACGAAAUGGCAGACCAAAUUGACAAGAAGCAUCAUGACUAUGCCAUUACUGGCAUUUUUGCAAAAGUUUCAACUGCUUUAUCUGAGGGCUUCAAAACAGGCUCACAAUUCUUGGCCUCUUCCUCAGCAACCACGAGUUUAGGUGUGGCUAUCGCCGGUUCGGUUUUAGAGUUAGUAGGGACAGUAACUGAGGUUGGUACUAAUGUAUUUGAAAGACAGUAUAAAUCAGAGAAAAAGAAAAAAGCUGAAGACCUGAUGAAGGAAGCUGAGGCAGCCCUAAGAAUGCUGAUGGAAGCUGAUAAAAAGGAUUUCACUUCUGAAUUGCCCUCAGAUACCACUGGUGUUAUCAACGAUGAUUUUCAAGUUUUCAAGAUGGAAAGGUCUGGGAAGGAUCUCUAUACCAAUACAAAGGCAUGGAAGCGUCUCAAAGCCAAUCCUAAGUUGAAUUAUUUAGCCAUGAAAGUUGCUGCUGGCCAGGGGGAAAUGGAUGAGGUCAAGGAAGUAUGGAAAACCCUUGAUGGAACUCCCUUUACAGUGACCGAACAAGAAAGAUGGCAGAAUGCUGUAACGUCUGUACGCAUCCUCCUAAAAGGUAUCUGCGACAUUGAUCAGGCUCUCAUACAUUUGAAAGAUGGUGCCAAGGAUGAAAUGGCAGCCAACAUCAGAGGCAAGGCUAAGCAGCUGGCAAAGUUACUGUGGGGACUGAGCAAGAUCUACAAGGAAAUGGAAAAGGAGGACAUAACAGAAGAAGAGUCAUAA